UGAGAUCCUUUCUCAAAAACAAACAAACAAACAAACAAACAAAAACCCCCCAAAAAGUCAAGGAGGUUCUGAACCACCUAGUUAAUCCUAAAAUCCCUGUGUACAAAUAGGUGAGCAGGUGCUUGACUUUCAAUAUGGUUUCAGAAACUGGAUAACCUUGUGUCCUGGGGCCCAAGGGGAUGGUCUUUGAUUAAUAUCCGACUGUGCCUAGGGCUCAGCUUUCAGUUUGUCCCAGCCCCAGGCCUGCCGGUCUCUUCAGGGCUCCUGCCAGAGCAAGAUUGCUCCCGGCACCUGCUGCUUAUUUCCUGACCUCAGCCGGAUGCCGUUUUGAUAGGGAUUCCCUACCCUCCUCUAUCUCUGCAGCCCUGUCAGGGCUGGAGUCUCCACCUGACCCCACUCUGAAGACCCACUACAUCUUCAGCUUUGCUUUUGGAUCUCUCAGGUGUCAGCCACUGGCCCCAGCCCCUUAUUGCUGCCCUACCAUUACCCUCUGCUCAGAUUCCCAGCUCGGAGCCACGUGAGCCCCUCCCUUCUCCUUGGAGGAGCGGUAUCUUCAAUGGUUCUGCCACUUGCUGGGAAAACAGCAACAAAAGGAUAUUAAGGAGCCACCCCUGUAAUUUACCCAGAGAGCCUCAGCAAGGUCAAAGACACAUCGUGUCCCAAGGAGAAAAGCUGCAGGCAUCUGAGGAUAAACCACUGUGAAACAGCUUUGACGAUAAAGCUGACUUGGAAGACUUUGACUCCAAGGUGCAAGGUGGUUUGGACACCCUGAAUAUUGCCUGUUCUUUUCUAGUCAAACCUGAUUCAUGAAAUGGAAUGAAGCUAAAAAAUCAUCUACUUCUUUGUGGAUUUGAGAGAAGAUUGGGAUGGUCUUAAGUGCAUAAAACGAGACUCUAACUGCAGCGAUGAGUUCAGAUGAGAAGGGCAUUUCCCCUGCUCAUAAGACAUCCACUCCAACCCAUAGAAGUGCCUCCUCUUCGAUAUCCUCCCAAAGGGACAGUAGGCAGAGUAUUCACAUACUGGAGAGGACUGCUUCCUCUAGCACCGAGCCCUCCGUAAGUCGGCAAUUGCUGGAACCGGAGCCCGUCCCCCUCUCCAAGGAAGCUGACAGCUGGGAAAUUAUAGAAGGGCUGAAAAUAGGCCAAACCAAUGUCCAGAAACCAGACAAACAUGAGGGCUUUAUGCUGAAGAAAAGAAAAUGGCCUUUAAAAGGCUGGCACAAGCGUUUUUUUGUCCUGGAUAAUGGAAUGUUAAAGUAUUCAAAGGCACCACUCGAUAUUCAAAAAGGAAAGGUCCACGGGAGCAUAGAUGUCGGACUGUCAGUCAUGUCAAUUAAAAAGAAAGCUCGAAGAAUAGACCUUGACACAGAAGAGCACAUCUAUCAUUUGAAGGUGAAAUCUCAAGACUGGUUUGAUGCAUGGGUAUCCAAACUGCGACAUCAUCGGUUGUAUCGUCAGAAUGAAAUUGUGAGAUCACCAAGAGAUGCUAGUUUUCACAUAUUUCCUUCAACUUCCACAGCUGAAUCCUCACCAGCUGCUAAUGUUUCUGUAGUAGAUGGAAAGAUGCAACCAAACAGCUUUCCAUGGCAGUCCCCUUUACCAUGCAGCAAUAGCCUCCCUGCAACCUGCACGACUGGCCAGAGUAAAGUGGCAGCCUGGUUACAGGACUCGGAAGAGAUGGACAGGUGUGCGGAAGAUCUCGCACAUUGCCAGUCAAACCUUGUGGAACUUAGCAAACUCCUGCAAAAUUUGGAAAUACUUCAGAGAACUCAGUCAGCACCUAACUUUACUGACAUGCAGGCUAACUGUGUAGAUAUUUCAAAGAAAGACAAGCGGGUCACAAGACGAUGGAGAACAAAAAGUGUCAGCAAAGAUACAAAAAUACAACUGCAGGAAGGGCCACCUGUGAAGGGCCAGUUCAGCACAACUCGGCGCCGGCAGAGGCUAGCGGCAGCAGUGGCUACAACAGUUCCUUUCAGUGCUACCAUGUCACCAGUUCGCUUGCAUUCCUCCAACCCCAACCUUUGUGCAGAUAUUGAAUUUCAGACUCCCCCUAGCCACCUCACUGACCCUCUGGAAAGUUCAACAGAUUAUACAAAGCUGCAAGAAGAAUUUUGUCUAAUCGCACAGAAAGUGCAUUCUCUUUUGAAGUCUGCGUUUAAUAGCAUAGCUAUAGAGAAGGAGAAGCUGAAGCAGAUGGUUUCCGAGCAGGAUCACAGUAAAGGCCACAGCACGCAGAUGGCACGGCUCCGACAGUCACUGUCUCAGGCACUCAACCAGAAUGCUGAACUAAGGAGUCGUUUGAACAGAAUACAUUCAGAGUCUAUUAUUUGUGAUCAGGUUGUCAGUGUAAAUAUUAUUCCUAGCCCUGAUGAGGCUGGUGAGCAAAUCCAUGUCAGUCUCCCCCUAUCACAGCAAGUAGCCAAUGAGAGCCGCCUCUCCAUGUCAGAGUCUGUUUCUGAGUUCUUUGAUGCCCAAGAGGUGCUCAUCUCUGCAAGUUCAUCAGAGAAUGAGGCUUCAGAUGAUGAGUCUUACAUCAGUGAUGUGAGUGAUAAUAUAUCUGAAGACAACACCAGUGUUGCAGACAAUAUUUCUCGGCAAAUCCUGAAUGGGGAGCUUACAGGAGGGGCCUUCCGAAAUGGGCGUCGAACAUGCCUGCCAGCUCCUUGUCCUGACACCAGUAACAUUAACCUGUGGAAUAUCUUGAGGAACAACAUUGGUAAAGACCUGUCUAAAGUCUCCAUGCCUGUGGAGCUAAAUGAGCCACUCAACACCCUGCAGCACCUCUGCGAGGAAAUGGAAUACAGCGAGCUCCUGGACAAGGCUUCAGAAACUGAUGAUCCAUAUGAGCGCAUGGUUCUCGUUGCUGCAUUUGCAGUUUCAGGAUACUGCUCCACCUAUUUCAGAGCAGGAAGUAAGCCAUUCAACCCAGUCCUUGGGGAGACCUAUGAAUGCAUUAGAGAAGACAAGGGAUUCCGCUUUUUCUCAGAACAGGUUAGCCAUCAUCCACCCAUUUCUGCCUGUCACUGUGAAUCAAAGAAUUUUGUGUUUUGGCAAGAUAUCAGAUGGAAAAACAAGUUCUGGGGGAAGUCGAUGGAAAUCCUGCCUGUGGGAACACUGAAUGUCACGCUUCCAAAGUACGGAGAUUACUAUGUGUGGAAUAAAGUCACCACUUGCAUACACAACAUCCUCAGUGGAAGAAGAUGGAUAGAACAUUAUGGAGAAGUAACCAUCAGAAAUACCAAAAGCAGUGUUUGCAUUUGCAAACUCACAUUUGUCAAGGUGAAUUAUUGGAAUUCUAACAUGAAUGAAAUACAGGGGGUGGUGAUAGAUCAGGAGGGGAAGGUGGUGCACCGGCUGUUUGGAAAGUGGCAUGAAGGACUCUACUGUGGUGUGGCCCCCUCUGCAAAGUGCAUUUGGAGACCAGGUUCCAUGCCAACCAACUAUGAGCUGUAUUAUGGCUUCACAAGGUUUGCUAUUGAGCUCAAUGAGUUAGAUCCAGUACUAAAAGAUCUCCUUCCACCAACAGACGCCCGGUUCCGGCCAGAUCAAAGAUUUUUGGAAGAAGGAAAUUUAGAAGCUGCAGCGUCAGAGAAGCAAAGAGUAGAGGAACUCCAGAGAUCUCGGAGACGAUAUAUGGAAGAAAACAAUCUUGAACAUAUACCAAAAUUUUUUAAAAAAGUUAUUGAUGCCAAUCAAAGAGAAGCCUGGGUUUCUAACGACACCUACUGGGAGCUUCGAAAGGACCCUGGGUUUAGCAAAGUAGACAGCCCUGUUCUUUGGUAGACUGGGAAUGUAGAGCUAGCCAACAUAUCACAUUCUGAAUGAAUAAAUAACUAUGCACAAUUAUGUUUCUUAUAGCUAUGUGUGGUUUCUGGGUCCACUGAAAACCUACCAUUUGCUUUUCUAUUCAUCUUUAUAAUGGACUUUCAGAAGUGCAUUAGACAAAGCCCCUAACCACUUUCGGAUCCUUUCUGUUUUGCUGCAACCAUAUUCCUUAAAAAAAAAAAAAAAAAAAUCCACACCAUCCUUGGAAAGCAGAAUAAAAGGAGCAGAAUAUAAAAUCCAAAGUCUGACGAGUUUGUAAAGAAAAACAAAUGGUAACUGGUGCUUAAAGCUGAUCGAGAAAGUUAACAACAUAGAAACCACAGGAUUGUUCCACUGUCUGGAAGCACCAUCCCCUAUCGCAGGACUCCUGGGCCACAAGCAGUCAGUCAGUGCAGGCUUCAAGUGUGUUUGUUUGAUGUGGCGUGAUUGUGCUGGCCUUGUUGAAAAAGAUGUGAUGCUUCUCAGAACCUGUUCCAUCUGUAUGCCAUUGUUCAUGCCUUAAGAAAUGCAAAGAUGUACAAUAAAUCAUUUUUUAAAUGUGUGCUCAUAGGUUUAUGUGAAGAACAGACUUUUUUGAAUCAUGGCAUGAUUCACUUUCUCAAUCAGAACAAUUAUGAGACUAACUUAAAUGGGUUUUUUAAAAGUGAACAACAUAUGCUUUCCUUUGAUAAGUCAGUUACCAUAUCGUAUGUCUGAAGGGAAAGAAGGAAAAGGUGUGCUAAGUAGAUCUCUGUAUUUACGUUGCUCGUUAAUUUCCUGUCCUGCGUCCAGAAAAUAAACCGUCCCUCUUCCACCUAACCUCACAGUGUGCCCUAUUAUUUGGAAAAAUCUGUCUUUGAUUUGGACAUUUGUCAUCAGUGUUAAAACCUUAAAAACAAAAAGCAUAUGGAAUUCCUGUGUGGGCUUAGUAGUACUAUAAAUGUAACUGUUUUUGAGUGAAGCACCAUGUAAUCCAUGUCUGAAUCCCAUGCCCACUCCACUGGCACUAGUCGAAUUCCACUGAGAACAGAAGCAAGAAUGCUAGUAGCUUAUUUGCAUUGUUUAAAUGAAUUCUAUGCAAAAUCAUAUUUCAAAUUUUCAUCAAGUGAUUCCAUAUGGUACAUGACCACAUAUUAAGCAUUUACCUUGCUAUUGGCAGAGAUAUGAAACUUAAGCUAAGGAAUGUAUCCAUCCCAAAGCAGGAAAGCAGAAGUGUGUUUUGCUUACUUUAGGAUUUGUUUUUCCUCCACUAAUAUGCAGAGGCUUUUGCAGAAAACUUGCAACAGUAUUCCUAAGUUUCUUCACGUAGAUGACUAUAUAAAUGCCUGUGUGUUUUUUAAAAAGAAUCUCCUCAGAGAUUUUCCUAGGGAAUUAUAAAAUUACAUAUAUUUUAUUCUUAGUUAGAUGUUUAUUCUUAGAUUCUUACCAUUAGAAUUUAAGUGUUAUUUAAAACUCUGAUACAGUUACAGACACUUUACAUUUUAUUAUGAGGUGUUGAUUUUAAUGCUAUUUCUCCUCAACAAAGCAUUCCUAAUAAUGGCUAAUACACCAUCAAAUGAAAAACUGCUGAGAGCAUAAGGGAAAACGCUAACGUUUCCACUAGAUGGCGCAAUCUUCUAGUUAUCCAAAACUCAUCCCUUGCAUCUGAGUUUUGAUGUUAUGUUUACAGUUUGCAUUAGCUUAGAAUGGAAUUUCAUUCUCAGGUAAAUUUUCGAAUCCAUCACCAGAUCUAAGCAUUCUGCUUCAACAAUACCUUCUCUAUUCCUCUCAUUCCCAUUUUAAACCCAUAGGUGGCUUGCCCUGCGGCAGUAAAAUCUUCCCCUUGGUAUUGAUUCUUUUUCUGCUCAUUCAUCUUGAUGUUCUUUUAUCUGCGUCCUGAGAUAUAUGUCGUUAAUUUUAAUAAGAAUCCUAUUGACUUCCUCACGGAAGUCUGUUCUCCUAUGGUUGAUAAAGCUUUAAAUACUAUUUAAAGUGGUUCUGGUCUGUACUUACUAGCACUUCCCUGAACAGUCUCAGAAUAGCCUAAACAUAAGAAAAUAAUCCUGCAAAGUUAAGGUUUUUACAAGCAGAGAUGAAGGGAGGCAUCAGCUGACCAUCAGAUGUGGUAUCAGGCAGCUGGAAGAGGACCCAGGACCCAUCAAGGAAGCAAUGACUGUACUUAGCAAUUUGGGUUAUAAUUACAAAAAAGAAAAAAUAGUAGAAAGGAUCUUUACCAGUCAGUAAGUUCAUGGUACAAAUCAGGUGAGUGAAUGUGGAUCAGAGGUAGCUUGACACUCUGAUGAGGACGUCAAGAUGAGAAUGAGAAAAAUGUCAAUUAAAAUCACUACAUUUGAUAAUAUCUCAGAUUUAGAAUCUCUUUUGGGAUUCAGAUAUUCUGAUUAUUCCAAUUCAAGUGUUCAGUUAAGUUUUAGUUACUAUUCCUAUAAUACCCAAUUCACUAAUACCAUAUCUCCUGUGGAAUACUCAUUGGUGCGAUGGCCUCAUCUCUUUUUUACUUUUUAUUGACAUGGUGGUUAUAAAAUUAUGAGACUUACUCUAUUGGAAUUUUCAUCUACAUAGUAUUUGGGCUGUCAAGACUGAAUAGCAGAAGAGUAGAAUAUUAGAUCAUUCUCUUAAGACGACCUGAUUUAUUCCUUAGGAUGUUAUACAAACCUUUUUAUUGCAGGCCUACUUUCUGUUUUUUCCUAAAAGGAUCUAGGAUAGAGGAGGACAUAAUAUGCCUGUAUACUUCUCCCAUGGUUUAUUCAUAAGCUGCUUCAUCUCAUUGGAGAUGGCCAUUAAGGAGAGCAGUAAUAAGUGAUGAUGAUUCUGAGGACUUGACUAGACUGAGCAGAUCAAUGGCACACACCAGCACUGGUAGAGGCCGACCAGAAACUCAUCGAUUCCAUGUGCUGCCACCCAGGGUGCAGAUUUACUCUCUUUUGCUGUUAUUUCAUUGUUUUUCUUAAGUCAUUGUUUUUCAUGGAUUAUUUUAAAAAUACCUACUCCAUAAUUUUCAGGCACUUGUAAAAAUAAACCUUUUUUAAGAUAAUGGUACAUAUCAACUAUAUGUGGGAAACAAAUGCAAUUUUCUGAGCAAGAGAAACCAAGGGAUUUUCAAUAUAUGAGAUGCCAGGUUGUCAAUUUUCUAAACCUUUUCCUCUAGAUUAUUCUGGCCCCAGGCCUUUCAGCGACCCCACUAAUCAAUUAUUAGAUCCUGCCCCAAGGAGCAGUGGCAUGGGGGCUGGAUUUAGGGAGGAAAACCUGAUUAAACUGUUUUGUUUAGUACUGGUUACAGCUGUAGCUGGAGAAGAGUUUAUAAUCAUAAAGUACAUUUUUGUUAUUACCUUGUGGAUUUUAAUUAUCCAUCUUGUCUAAUCUUGUUCUCUGUCAUCCUAGAUAAUGAGGUGUUUGUGGGAGCAGAGCUCUGCUCACACCAGGGGAUGUAAUGUUUGCACUUGGCCCAGUAUACUAUGAAUGUGGCACAGGAAAUAAAAUUUGUGUACAAAAUAUUAGUUUAUAUCUAUGGGAGCCAUUAUGUUCAGGAUAUAUAAAAUGUAUCUAAUUAAACAAUUAUGAAUCUAUUUUGUGCUCUAGAAAUGUUCUUUUGGGGAAAGAUGGAAAGAAAUGUAUAAAUGGAGUUAAGAUUAAAGCGUUUGGGUUUUUUUUUCCCCAAAAGCUUCCCAGUUAUUUAGAAAUACUGCUAUCCAGAGUAGAAUUUGAUCCUGUAAGUCCUAAUUGAAUUUCUUUUGUAAAAUUGAUACGUUUAAACUGUACAUUGCAUAAUCAUUCUGUUAAACUAAACCUUUGUUUAAUACAUAAUUGUAAGAGCA